GUGAAAAACCCAAUCGACUGAACGUCUUCUCCCGGGUCAAACUCUUUGGCUCCAAGAAGAGGCGAAGGAGGCGACCAGGGGUUGGUGGGAGAAUCCUUUAUAGGACGUCUGGCCAGAAGUCACCUUUGGCAUCUCAACCUGCUUCACACUUGAGCUGAGAACUUAUUCAGGCCCCACUGGAUGAAAUACAGAGUCACUUUUCUAAAAGCCGUGAAGACUGAAGACCCCGUCGCUUACGGGUCAUUGUUCAUAUUGCAAAUUGCACAGGAUAAUAAAUUCAUCAUAGUAAUUAACCCAAUGUGUAAUCAACCUCCAAAAUUGAUUCUUUUUCCUCCACGGCAGCCUUGACUCGUUAAACAUGCAGAGACACACAUUUCCUAUGAGUUUUAAAGAAUUCCCAACUUUGAACAUUUAUUUUGAAUCUUCAGCAGACCUCACACUCACCUCAAAAGUUAUUUCCCCCCUUAUAGUGUUGGUUCUAUAGCAAUAAGAGUUUAUAAGUAUUAUGUGAGCCAAGGUCCUCUUUGAGAACUCUCUAUGCAGUGUUUGUUUUUGUAGCCUAAAGCACCCACUGCCUGAUGGAUCCCAUGCAAAAGGGAGCAGAUCGUCUUACUUGCACCCAACGAUCACACUGUCACCUUCUUUGUGUGUGUGUGUGUGUGUGUGUGGAAAUGACGGCGACGAAGAGGCGAAGAACUUUAUUCAAUCCUAAUUUCCAACUGUGAUUUUGAAGCAACUUAACUAUUCCCAAGCUUUUGCACCCCUCUCACUUCCAAUUUCCAAUCCUCUCCUGUGGAGAAAGCAGUGUGUAGCGAGAAGAAGGUGUUGUCUGUGUACAUUUUGGCAAAUAGUCCGGUAAUGCAAUGUGCACGUCGUUGUGUGCUUUCUACACAUGCUCUCAUAUACAUUUCUCAGUGUGCAGCCACGGUGUUUCACUGAAAAAUACAACGUUCCACAACAAAUUGUAACGUGUCCGGUGUAACUCACCUUCUCCAAAGUAACAGUAGUCUGGCAAGAAACGAUGUUAUUGUGAGAUGAAAGAAUACAGCAGAUGAAAGGGGAGGUGGACCACGGUGAAGCCCACUCCACCCGGGACACUAACCAGGGAAUGGAGAGCACUUAGCGCUUAUCAGACUUCACUUCAAAACUAAGUGAUCCGCCACCACAAGCUAUCGUCUUUGAGACCAACUGUGGGACGGUUCCCAUGUUGCUGCCAUUGUUCCGUCUUGUCCUUGUUUCUGUAUCCACUGCAAUAACAGAUAUUAAAAGAAACAAUGCGGCUCAUUCUUUACAGCCGAUUUUUAAAUGUGGAAUAAUUUGCCUUCGUCCAUCCGUGGUCUUCUUCGUUAUUCGGUGCUUUCCAAACGGGCUGCCUCGUUAGUCACCUCCGCUUCCUCUGAGACGGUUUUCACAGACCGUAGACACAGCAGCUUGAAUUAAACUGUGGCCCUUUUUCCCUUUGCCAAUUAAAUACUAUUAUCAACCGAUGGGUCAAUCUAACUGCUCACUAAAGCUUACAUUUCCUAUAAUUGUCUCACUGCAUCAGAGGCUUGCUAUGUCCCUGUACGAUAAAAAGUAAAGUGGCCCGUACAAAGUGGCUGCAGGAUCAGUGGGACUCUGCCUGUGUGUUACCUGCUAACCAACAGCCUUCAUCAGUGCUGUUGUUUUAUAAACGGACGGCGACCAUGACCGAAUGUGAAAGAAUCCUGGACUGCUAUUCAAAUCCGACCCUUUCUUGGAAAAUAGUUCCACAUUUUUAAGGGACUCUGUUGUUUGUCAUGUUUCCUGGUGGUGAUCACGAUUGUAUCAUCCCAUCGACGUCAGCUCCUCAGCUUCACUCAACCUAACUACUGACUGAACUUUCAAAAUGGCGGCAAGCCGUGACCCUAAACAGACGUUUUUUUAAAAGUGCUGAAUUCAUGUUUUCCCACAGUGUUUCAUGCUCGUGUCUUCCCGUCUCCGUGUCCCCUCUGCUUCCACAGAGCCCCAGCUAAAGGGGAUCGUGACCAAGCUGUACAGUCGACAAGGUUUCCACCUGCAGCUGCAGGCGGAUGGAACCAUUGAUGGAACGAAGGAGGAGGACAAUGGUUACACCGUGUUCAACCUUAUUCCAGUGGGGCUGCGAGUGGUGGCCAUCCAGGGGGUGCAAACCAAACUCUACCUGGCUAUGAACAGUGACGGCUACCUGUACACAUCGGAACACUUUACGCCAGAGUGCAAAUUCAAGGAGUCAGUGUUCGAGAACUACUACGUGACAUACUCCUCCAUGAUCUACCGGCAGCAGCAGUCGGGCAGGGGCUGGUACCUCGGUCUGAACAAGGAAGGAGAAAUCAUGAAGGGGAACCAUGUGAAGAAGAACAAGCCAGCAGCCCACUUCCUUCCCAAACCUCUCAAAGUGGCAAUGUACAGAGAGCCGUCCCUCCACGACUUGACGGAGUUCUCCCGGUCCGGCAGCGGCACACCCACCAAGAGCCGCAGUGCCUCCGCCCUGCUCAACGGAGGCAAAGCCGUGAGCCAGAACGAGUCGACGUAGCCCAGCGGCCCGAAAGCCGGGCCUGAGGCCGAAAAACCCACCAAACCGUACCUCCAGCAGAGCACGAACACAAGCGGACCCAUCUCACCGAUCGGCGGCUCAGGACUCGCCGCGACAACAAACCACACACAGAUUCGCAGACACCCUCGUUCACGAAACAGUUAGAGACCAUCCCAGUUAAUCGUCACCAAUGGUUAAAAGUUAUCAUCAUAACAUUCUGAACACGAAAAAAAACUAAAUUUAUGACAUUUUUGCUUUGGUUUUAUCUUUCACCUUGAUCACUCUCUCGGUGAUGAUGGCACACCAGCUAGCUCAUCUAUAUCUUCUUUUCAUUUCUCUUCCUUUCCUGUGGACAAUGGCGUUUUCUUUGCUCAUUUAGACACAAGGCACUCGUGCGUCUGUCAGACAGGGACAGGAAGUCAGACCCGUUGGCAUUCAGGGCUGCCAGUAACAGCGCUCGGUUCUACAGGGCUGCAGGGCCGGCAUUGGUACGAGGCGCGAUCUCUGUCUCAUCCACGCUUCUGCGAAUAGAAAGCCUAUAAACUCGCUGGUGCGGCCCGGCCCGGCGCUGCUGGGCCUGUGGCCAGCCAGACGGUAGCUCUCCUGCGUCCUAGUGCACGCGCCCAGAGACUGAGCUCUCUAGCAUGGGGAAAUAAAGCCUUGGUUCAGCCGACCUGAAGUAUAAGGAACGAGCGUGGCUCUCUUGCAGUUUUUUUUUCUUUUCGUUUUCAGAAAUGCCACAGCUGCAACUUUUUCAUUUAUUUUGCUAAUCUAAUGAAUUAGCCAGAAAGUUUUUAUUUGAUAACUGGAUUUUGUCCCCACCUGUUGUCUUCCCCCAACAUUGUUCAGUUCAGUAUUUGUAUUUUUGUUGCUGUUACAUCGUUGAAAGGGGUUCCUCAAACCAAAGACGGAACGAAAGUGUCCCUUUAAGCCGCUGAAAACCAAGCCAGUAUAAAGACUGGUAUUUUUUUCUUUUCACUGUACAUUUUUAUGAAGGAAGGCAAAGAUUCUGUGUAGAAAAAAAGAAAUAAUGAAUUAGGGAAGUGAUUUUAAACACUUUGCAGCUGGCAGCGUGCUUGAUGUUGUGCUUUUUGUUGAUAUGCACGAUGGUCGAGGAUUGAAACGACUGAUCUGUGUUCCCAUUCCCUUCUGUUACCACCGUGUCACAACGUCUACGUCUCUUGUCCUUGUGAUCCGUUCCCUCCUCCUGUGCUUGCGUCGCACCUCGACUCCCCUGCCAUCCUUUUGGUUGACUUCUAUUGACUUAUACGGUUCGCCAUGGGAAUAUGGUGCAAGGCCCUUUCCGCGAUGCUCGUUAUGUGUUUCUGUAACUUAUUGUGGUGACAAUUUUUUCUAUAUUAAAAAGAAAAAAACAAUACUGUGGACUUUUAGGUGGCUUAACAUUUUAUAGGACAUGUCAUAUUUGUAAAAGUGAAAAAAAAGAAAAGAACAUACAAAAAUGAACAUCUUCCCUUUCUUGCACAGGACAUGUACAAACACAAAUAUGUACAAAAAGGACCCUUUUUAUGGGCUUGGUUCUCUUCUCUUCGGCUACAUAACUUCUUUCUGGUACACGCUCCUGGGAGGCUUUGUUUUCAUAGUUUUCCUCCAGAGGUGGUUUGUAUUAGGUGAAACUAUCUGUUGCAUGGGAGAAAGCAGGGACAUUCUGGUAUAGAGCUGCAUGAUGUAGGCUAUGUGUAUUAACCCAUGUUGGAUCAUGUGUUCCAAACUACCAGGCUGAAGCUGAUAAAAACAACAUUUACAGGCAGGCAUUGUGGCUGCCUGGUAACUUCCAGUUGUUUAUUAUUUGUUGUAUACACAAAAAUGCACUGAAUAAAAUGUUUAUAUUAAGAUAUAAUUUUAAAA